UAGCCUAUUGGCAUAGGCUUCUCUCUUCAUUGGUGUUUGAUGCGCUAUUUAGCCUACUUAAAUAGGCUACACAAAAACAUUUUGAGUCAAUCAGGUAGCAAAUAUUUUCAUGUAGGCUAUUUAUUUAUAGGUCUAUUUUAGAAAUUAACCACGUUUUACUCCAAACUGUUGGGCGUGCUUGGUAAGGCUAAAGCAACCGAAAGUUGAUGUUAGUGAAGUAGGGGGAGGUGCAUCUGCUCCUCCAUGGCUGUUAGCAAGCUAACGUUACCUACAAAUUCAUUUGUAUUUUUUUUAACAGUGCUAAAUACAUCAAGAUAGCUAGCCAAUAUGAAGUUGGGCAGCUGGUGAUAUAAAAAAUUAUUAAAUAUCUAUCUAUACAGUAUGUAAAGUCGGCUAGAUAGCUAACUAGUGUUAGCUACGUUAGCAGCUCAUUUGAGUUAGCCCGCACUGUUGCUAGUUAGCAAAUAAAACAUGUUUUGGGAAAACAUUUUAGAAAUGUAUUUACUUACUAGUACUUGAAUAGGUCCUCCCAGUCAUGUGGACGAUUGGAAACAGGGCAGCAACGUUUGUCACCAGAGCGUUUUAGACCAUAUUACUAUGUAACGUGAACUAUUUACCCAUUUAAUAACCAGACCUUCAUACGAACUUGCUAUGCUGCAUUCUUGAAGCACAACCGAAAGUGCUGCUAUAUGCUGCCCAAAAGCGAGCCACUCUGGGCGGGCUAAGACGAGCGAUUCUGAGGUGAACUAGAACUGCAGGUGUUGUGCAGAAAAGCUCGCCCCCAGAAUCGGAUUGGCUGAAAGUGCCAUUUCACUUAGUUGAGACAGAGACGGAUGCUUCCAGAGGUGCAAAUGUAAAGCAAGUCAAUAGACUGUUAAAGUCCCAGCAGUAGAGAACUGGAAAAUGACAACGCUUCAAUAUUUGGGAAUAUCAGUUAUUUUCAUCAUCGAUCUGUUGGGAGAUGUGAAUGCUGAAGUGAAUAUAUUGACACAGAGAGAGGGGCAGUCUGUCACUCUACACACUGGACUAACUGGACUACAUGUUGAUACGAUAUUUUGGGUCUUUGGUCCAGUCAUUCCAAACACCUCAAUAGUUGAGAGUCAGGUCAUCAGAGGAGAGAACAUCACAGAAUUCAAAGGAAGAUUCUCAGACAGAUUGCAGCUGGACAGAGAAACUGGAUCUCUCACCAUCAGAAAUCUCACCCUCAACAACUCUGGAGUUUAUCAGCUAGACAUUUUCAAUACACACAAAACAUCUCAGAGAUUCAACCUAACUGUCUAUGCUCCAGUACCACUUCCUCAAGUCCAAAAAAUCUCUGAAGGUGAUGUUCUGGACAGUUCAUCAGAGAAGGGGAGCUGUUCAGUGGUGUGUUCUGUGGAGAACCAGAUAGAUAGGACCCUGUCCUGGUACAGAGGAGAGAAGAGACUCAACCAGACCAGCAGCCCUGACCUCUCCACCAACCUGUCUCUCUCUCUGGAGAUAAAGCUAAAGGACAAAGAUAUCUACAGCUGUGUGGCUGCCAACCCAGUCAGCAACCAGACAACCAAACUCAACAUUGAAACGCUCUGCCUUCAGUUUGUAGAGUCUGGUCCUAAUCUAACCACUAUCAUUGUGAUAGUCCUAACGUUAUUUAUUGGAAUAUGCUGCAUAUGGGAAAAGAAAGAUAUUAAAGCAACACAUUCAUAUUUCAUUCUUUUGAUUCCAGAUCUGUUGGGAGCUGUGAAUGCUGAAGUGAAUAUAUUGACACAGAGAGAGGGGCAGUCUGUCACUCUCCACACUGGACUAACUGGACUACAUGUUGAUAAGAUAUUUUGGUUCUUUGGUCCAGUCAUUCCAAACACCUCAAUAGUUGAGAGUCAGGUCAUCAGAGGAGAGAACAUCACAGAAUUCAAAGGAAGAUUCCCAGACAGACUGCAGCUGGACAGAGAAACUGGAUCUCUCACCAUCAGAAAUCUCACCCUCAACAACUCUGGAGUUUAUCAGCUAAACAUUUUCAAUACACACAAAACAUCUCAGAGAUUCAACCUAACUGUCUAUGCUCCAGUACCACUUCCUCAAGUCAGAAAAAUCCCUCAAGGUGAUGUUCUGGACAGUUCAUCAGAGAAGGGGAGCUGUUCAGUGGUGUGUUCUGUGGAGAACCAGAUAUAUAGGACCCUGUCCUGGUACAGAGGAGAGAAGAGACUCAACCAGACCAGCAGCCCUGACCUCUCCACCAACCUGUCUCUCUCUCUGGAGAUAAAGCUACAGGACAAAGAUAUCUACAGCUGUGUGGCUGCCAACCCAGUCAGCAACCAGACAACCAAACUCAACAUUGAAACGCUCUGCCUUCAGUUUGUAGAGUCUGGUCCUAAUCUAACCACUAUCAUUGUGAUAGUCCUUGUAAUAGUCCGAACGUUAUUUAUUGGAAUAUGCUGCAUCUGGAAAAAGAAAGAUAUUAAAUGGUGCUGUGUAUCCACCUCAGGGAGUCCAGAAGAGGAGGACUCUGUGGUGUAGCCUACUCUGUCAGACCCUGCAUUUCACCUUCUUCCCCAGUGAAGAAUGAGAACUCAUUAGACUGCAUCCCUGCCACUGUAAAAACAGGAUGCACAUUUUGACAUGACCAAAGGAUGUGUUUUAUGCAGCAAAUAAUCACUCCUCUACUCUGUACCAACUUCUGUCUACAAUUGUAUUACCAAAGAAGAAUUUUAAUACAUAAACAAAGAGUCUGUGUUUCCUUUCCAUUACUAAUGUAUGUUUGAUAAUUAUAUAGACCUGAUCAUUUGGUGAUGAAAUUGACCAACAGUUGAGUAAAUAUUGUUACAUUUGUUUGUAAGAUAGCCUUAAAGGGCAAUUCCGCCACUUUUCAACCUCAUAUUUAUUAUUUCCAGUACCAAACCAGUGUCUACAGCGCGUUUCUAUGAUCUGUGGUUAAAAAAUGCUUCUGUGACAUCACGGUGCUGCUCACUUCAAUGUGAAUCCCAUGUUUGAAAAUCACUGUUUUUGAUGUUUUAACUUUUGAAAAUGUAUAAAUGUGCCAUUUUCACAUAUGUAGAGACUGAAACAGUCUGAAACAGAGACUCAAACUUUAUUUGAGGUGCAUUUAAUGUUUGAUUGGUUUGAUUUAGUCCUAUUCUUCAUUUUUGGUUGAGAUGGAGACGUGAAUACCACAUAUCAAUUAUGUUAAAAUUAGAAACCAACUAAAGCUUG